AUGGCAGGCUCGAUUCCCACAUCUGCCCGGUCCGGACGUCUGCCGCCAAUACCUCUAGCGAGUGCUAAAACCUCCCGAAGCCGUGUUGCCACGACGACUGGGGCCAGUAUGAAAAGCAGCAGAUGCAAACAGCUCUGCGAUUCCGGCCUUGCGGAUCUGGCAACAGCCCAAUCUUGUCCACUCAUUCCUACCACUUGGGCUCAGCCGGACUCGUCCACAACUUCCGCCUCAAUAGUCCUCCAUCCUGUCCAGACUCUUCGUGGUCGUCGGAAGCAUGUUCUGGAAUUCGAUCUGCCCAGGCCGAAGACACUGGCGAGCACAGACUCGGGAAUAAGUGAUCUAGGAACCAGUCUGGAGACCAGCCUCACGGUUACUACGACCACCAAACCCGCGGAUAUUUGCAGCCUCGAGGCAUUGAUAGGGAGUACAGCGGUUGCUCGGGUCGACCAGGCCCACUCAAGAUUUGCCGAGUCAGAAUCCAUUUUGGACCUGGUACCCUUUAACUCCUCCUUUCUUUCUUCGUGUGCUUCCGACACGUGCUCGUCGCCAAGCAUCCUCUUCACUUCUUCAACCGAGUCGGGUCGCGGCCUUAGGUCGAGUCCCACCAUAAAGUUGUCCACUCCGGGUUCGGAAUCCGCCCGACUCGACCUUCCACCGGACGAGUCUACAGACGACAGCCCAACAGAAGUUUCAGCGGAACAGGUGGUCUGUGAGCAGAGGAGACGGCUCCAGCGCCGUCGUCUGAGCUCGAGCAGAAGACCGUCGGUAUUAACUGAGGCUGUGGAGAAAGCGGAGGCGCGACGGAGGAAAGGGGUCCCGGCAGACGGAGAGAGUUAUUCUAGCGAUCCGACAGAGACGAAACUUAAGGUGGACCAAAAGGAGGUCAUCCUCCCAGUCAAGUCUCCUCUUCAGAACCUCUUGGGGGACGUGCAUAAGUGCCGAAAUAUAGGCACCACAGGCGAAGAGGACCUUUUGCAAGAACCAUUUCAGAAACAAUCUCCCAGUCCAUUUCGUCAGUUUCACCGUUCCCAGAGCCUUUAUCAUGGUCGCCUUCGGCACAGUCUUGAACAGACUGGCAAGGAAAAGGAGCAAUUCGAUCAGGACCGCUCAGCGGAAACUGUGAGUCAACUUUACUGCAAAUAG